CCUUGAGCUCUUGAAACUAGAACUCAGUGAGGGGCAACUUGGCCUUCAAGGUCUGACUUAAACAUAACAACACCACGAUUCAUCAUGACACAACGUACGGUUAUCGUCACCGGAGCUACUGGCCUUUUGGGCCGCCAGGUUACCAGGAAAUUCAAAGAGGACAAUUGGAACGUUAAAGGCACCGGUUACUCACGCGCAGAUGGUGUCGAUGUCAUCAAGGUCGACUUGCAGAGCCAAGAACAAAUCGUCAAGCUGCUGGAUGAUUCCAAGCCAGACGUUAUAGUACACUGUGCUGCUCAGCGAUUCCCUGAUAAAGUCGACAAGGACCCCGAAGACGCCUGUGCACUAAACAUUACAGCGAGCAAGAUACUAGCCCAAGAAGCAGCAGCCAGAAAUGUAUUCCUCAUCUACAUCUCCACGGACUAUGUCUUUCCUGGGCGACCUGGCGAUGCGCCCUACGAAGCCAAUGCCGUUCCCGGACCGACAAACUUGUAUGGACAAACCAAAUUUGACGGAGAAAAGGUGAUUCUUGAAGAGUAUGCCAAGAGCGCAAAGGAAGGAUCUGGCAUUGUCCUGCGUGUUCCAGUGCUAUAUGGAAAGGCAGAGACCCCUAGCGAGAGCGCUGUCAAUGUGUUGAUGGAUUCCGUCUGGAAAGCGGAGACUGAAAAAGUUAAGAUCAAGAUGGAUCACUGGGCUCUUCGAUAUCCCACCUGCACAGAGGAUAUUGGCCGAGUCUGCAAAGAUAUUGCGACUAAGUAUCUUGCGACUGAAGACAAGAAGAAUCUCCCCAAGAUUCUACAGUUUUCUAGCGAAGACAAAAUGACAAAGUAUGAGAUUUGCCAGCACUUUGGCAACAUCAUGGGACUAUCCACCGACAACAUUGAACCCAAUACAGAGGGAAAUGAUCCCAAUGCUACUGUCCAGCGUCCAUUUGAUUGUCAUCUAAGCACUAAAGGACUUCAAGGCCUAGGCAUUGAUAUCUCUACUGUUAACUUUAUAGAGUGGUGGAGGGGAGAGCUUGGCGCUUUCCAGAAGUAGAUAGUAAAAGGGAUUUAGAGAAUACGAAGCUGGCAAUCUUUGAGAUGGUAUAGUCUUGAAAUCACACAAUUAUUUUUAUUCAAAGAAACAAAAAUUAAUACGACUUCUAGUAGGAACUU